GGAGCCGCGGGGGGUGAGGGGUGGUGGUUCCCGGCGCGCACUGCGAGGGCGGCGGGGCAGAGCGGAGGCAGUGGUUCGGUCAAGGUGACUCUGGGGUUGAAGCUGUCACCUUUUUUCUUGCUUAAACAACGCGGAGAGCGGAAUUCACGUGAUUAAAGUAGUAGUGCCAUCAUGAUCCUGCGACAGAUCUUGCGGCUUUCCUCCCUUUUCCACUCUGCUGUGUCCAUUCACCUGCGCAGGAACAUUGGGCUCUCUGCGAUUGUCUUCAACAAGGCAAAAGAACUCGACCCGGUCCAGAAGCUCUUCUUGGACAAGAUCAGAGAGUACAACACCAAGAGCAAGCAAGCUGGAGGGCCUGUUGAUGCAGGACCUGAGUUUCAAAAAGAUAUGAAUGAAUCCCUUGCGAGACUUCAACGCGCGUAUGGUGAGGGAGAUCUCACCAAGUUUCCGGAAUUUAAAUUUGAGGAGCCCAAGUUUGAGGAGACUCCAAAGUGAUUCGGCAGCUUUUACACCAAACAGCAAUGUACAGCCAUGGAGUUGCUGAACAUGGCACCAGUUGUAAUUUAAUAAAUGUAAUGCUUCAGUUUGA